AAAGGUGUGAACGCAGCCUAAGUCAUUUAACUUACAUGAAAAUUCACCUUUUCGAUUAUGUUUUUGAUGUUGACAUUUUAUAUUUUAUAAGCAUGACUAAUACAAAAGUCUCAAAACAGUCAACAAAGAAAAAUAUUUGCUAAUUUUUACUCUUUAUUAGGACAUUAAUAAAAGCAAUGCUAAUAUUAUUAGUUGUGCAGUUACGAAUAUUAUUGUGCUUACAAUAAAUCUCAAAAAUUGUAAAUUGAUCUGAAUAAGAUCACCAGUAUGGAUAUCCUUUUUACUCAGAAUGCUCCUGAGGACUUGGAAGAUAUUCCACAAACAGAAGAACCUGUUUGGAUUUUAGGAAAAAAAUAUAACGCAAUGAAAGAAUUAGACGCAAUUCGAAGAAAUAUUCAAUCCAAAUUGUGGUUUACAUAUCGAAAAAAUUUUGUACCCAUUGGUGGAUUUGGAUCCACAUUUACUUCUGAUAAAGGUUGGGGUUGUAUGUUACGAUGCGGUCAGAUGGUUCUUGGACAAGCUUUAAUUUCAUUACAUUUAGGUAAAAACUGGGAGUGGACGCCGGAGACAAAAGACAGUACGUACCUGAAAAUACUAAGUCGUUUUGAAGAUAGAAGGGCUGCGCCUUUUUCAAUUCAUCAAAUCGCUCUAACUGGAGCCUCAGAAGGAAAAGAGGUCGGUCAAUGGUUUGGACCUAACACUGUUGCACAAGUAUUAAAGAAAUUAAUUGUUUUCGAUGAAUGGAGUUCUAUAACGAUACAUGUUGCACUAGAUAAUACAUUGAUUGUCAACGAUGUCUUAAGGCAGUGCAAGGUCGAAGGAGCUACAACUGCAGAAGCGGAUGGUAAUAUUCCGCUGCAAGCUCCAAGUCAAUGGAAGCCUCUUUUACUUCUAAUUCCACUUAGGCUGGGUAUAAGUGAAAUUAAUCCAAUCUACAUAAAUGCCCUUAAAACUUCGUUUCAAUUUCCACAGUCCAUGGGAGUAAUUGGAGGAAAACCAAAUCUAGCUCUUUAUUUCAUAGGAUGUGUAGGUGACGAAGUGAUUUUUUUAGAUCCUCAUACAACACAAAGGUCCGGAAAUGUUGAUCAAAAAAUAGAUGAAAAUGAAAUUGAUCUGGACAUGACGUAUCAUUGUAACGUCGCUAGUCGAGUUCACAUCACUGGAAUAGACCCCUCAGUUGCACUUUGUUUUUUCUGCCAAACGGAGAAUGAUUUUAAAUCAUUAUGUACGUUAAUGCAAGAAAAGCUAAUAUCAUCAGAUAAGCAGCCACUUUUUGAACUAUUGGAUGAGCAAACUGCUCAUUGGUCUCCAGCAGAAGAUGUUAUGGUUUCACAAGUCCUAGGAGCAGCAGCUUCAACUGUACUGGAAUUCGAAGAUUUUAAUCGACAAUAUGAUACAUCAGACGAGGAAUUUGAACUUUUAGGUUAAUUUUAAAUAACUUCAUCAGACGAGGAAUUUGAAUUUGUAGGAUAAUUUUAUGAAACUUAUCAAUUCUAUCAUUACCUUCGCCAGCAUAAUUUGAAUUAAUUUCAAAAAAUAUUUUUUUUUUCAUAUACUAAUUUCUAUAUGUUUUAAAUGAAUCAAAUGUAUUAAAAAUUAAAAAUACUCAUAACCUUUAAAGUAAUUAACAUCACUUUAUAUAUCUGCAAUCAAAAAUAAAUACUCUCAUCAGGAUUUGUUAUAAAUAUUUUAUUGUAAUAUCAGAAUAAUUAUGAAUUUAAUAUGUUUUCGAAAAUAAUCUAAAUUUGUACCAAAAGUUUUUGUUGUAAAACUUUUGAUAUUCUACAUUCUUGAUGUUAAUUUACUGAUGUAUCUUUAAUUAUUUAUAUGGUUUGAGUUUAUUGUUUGUAAAUUUGUUUAAUUAUUAAAAAAAUUCAUGUUACUGUUAAAGUGAAAUCAAUGUCAAGUACAGUUUCUUGUAUUUUUAUUUAUAAAAAAUUUUAGUGUAUGGUCACAAUCAAUUUGUAUUUAAUACAUUAAAUGUAAGUACACAUAAAGAUGUUGACAAAAAAAUUUUCUGAUACAAUAAACAAUUUUUUUGAAAAAGA